AUGUCACAGCGCUUUCCCUGCAAGAUUUGUAACUGAAUAUUAGCUUUCAGCUAAUAUUUAGUCUUCCGUUGAGAAGACUCAGGAACUCAGGCCUCUGUGCACUGAUCAUGAUGGAGAAAACGUUUAUGGAAACCAAGGGCUACACAUAUAAGGCCUCCCUUGCAGAAGGAUCGUUUGGUAAAGUUGUAAAAGCAGAGUCAAUUCAUCUGAAGAAACUAGUCGCUAUAAAGAUUAUUGGCCUGAACAAAUACACCACCGUCAACAGAGAUAAGUUUGUUACUCAGGAAAAAGAAAUUAUUAGAACUUUAAAGCAUCCCCACAUCGUCAAAACCUAUGAUGUCUUUGAAUCUCGCUCAGAAAUGGUCUACGUGGUGAUGGAGCUUUGCCCACAAGGAGACGUCGCAAAACUCAUUUCAGCCAGAGGGGCUCUAGAUGAAUGUUUCAGCUGCAGACUUUUCAAGCAGCUGUGUCUGGCCAUUCAGUAUCUCCAUGGAAUUGACAUUGCUCACAAAGAUAUUAAAUGUGAAAACCUUCUUUUGGACGCGCACUAUAACCUCAAACUGUGUGACUUUGGCUUCAGCGAGAAGCUCAGUUACGUCCAGGGCAAACUGGUGCCGAGCGACACCCACUGCGGCACCUUACAGUACGCCGCACCGGAGAUCCUGAAAAACCUCCCGCAUAACUCAAAGAUUGCUGACGUGUGGAGCAUGGGCAUCGUGUUGUACAAGAUGCUCUGCGGGUUGCUUCCCUUCAUCACCACCAACACGACAAAACUAGUGCAGCUUCAACUGAAGCACAACAUUAAGUUCCCAACUGGUUCGUCUGUUUCAAGUCAGGCGAAAGAGCUGAUUCACAGCAUUCUGCACCCGGUGGUGGACCAUCGGAUCACGGUCAGCAGGAUGCUAGAGAGCCAGUGGGUGCUGAAGUUGACUGAGGAAGACAGCGACGAGGGGACAACGGCGACUCAGACGGCGACUCUCAGUGAAAUCAAGGAGGAUAAGCUAACAAUACAUAACUCGGACGCAAAGGAAGGACUUUCCACUGCGGUCCCGUGAGAACCACCAAAGUCGGACAAUUUCAGGAUUGUUCAAAGUUGAAUAAAUGUGAACCUUCUUAAUCGGC